GUGACAUCGACGUCUCCCACCAGGUUGGAGAGACUGGCUUCUCCGUAGCUGACCUCUGACCCUUCAUGGAAUAAAAAAGGCCCUUUGGAUCAGACCACAAUGAUUGUCAUUUCACCCACAGAGAUUUUAUGUAACAGGUUCAUCUGAAAGACGGUUACUCAACUUGGUGGUUUGAGUUUCACUUUAAUGGCCUGAAUGUUGUUGGACGACGAUGGAAUAACAUCGGGGUGGAAGCUUUGUUUUACAAAGAACUGAUUGCAGAACUUCACGCCAAGAAUGGAGCAGGAUUUUACACAGUAGAGUCAUUCUUCUUCUUUAUCCUGGACUCAUCACUCCUCACACCCAGUGCUUCUGCUCUGAAUGGAUCCCCGACUCUCCUGAAGCUCCAGGGACAAGUUUCCCUUCAGCUUCGCCUCCUUCGUAUUUCUGCAAACUUGACCAAAAAAACAAACAAACAAACAAUAAAGUACUCCAAACAUGGCUGCUACAGGAAGGAGGCACAUGGUGAGGGAUUUCAACCACUUCAUCACCUGUUACCUGUGCCGAGGUUACCUGAUCAAACCGACCACUGUCACAGAGUGCCUGCACACCUGUUGGACAACACCUUGGAGGAGAUUAUUUUCAAGCUGGUGCCCGGACUCAGAGAAAAAGAGGAGCAGCAAGAACUCGAAUUCUGGAAAAAGAACCAGCCCAAAGAAAAUGGCCAAGAAAUCCCACGGUGUCAGUGGCUGACUGAUGGAGGGGGUGAUGGGGGUGCCGGUGCUGAUGAUGGCGGCGAUGGCGGCGAAGAUGGCGACUAUCACAGAAGUGACCCACAGAUAGCCAUCUGUCUGGACUGCCUGCACAACACGGGGCAGUCAGGGGAGAGCACUGUAUCGGAUCUGAUGAAGAGGUUCAUCCGCUGCUCCAGCAGGGUCACUGUGGGAACAAUUAAAAAAUUUCUCAGUCUCAAACUGAAGCUCCCGAGUUCUUAUGAGCUAGACGUGCUUUGUAAUGGAGAGAUCAUGGGCAGAGAUCACACUCUGGAGUUCAUCUACAUGACCCGAUGGAGGCUGCAUGGAGAGAACACGUAUCCCAUGGUUCUGGAGUACCGGCCACGUAUCGACUUUGGCUGAACCACGAACGCAGAAAGGAGGACAACAAUCACACACACAUGUGCUCACUCAUAUAAUAUAUGCACACAUAAACACACACCAACUUAAUCAUGCCUAAAAUGUGCAGAUAAAGAGAAAGAUUUAGAAGUAUUUUUGUACAGCCGAUGAUGAAGUGCUUUUGUUGUUGCAGUAAAAAGCUUUUAUGCUACAUAGAAUAAUAUAUGCUAUAAUAUAUGAUAUUUUUAAAUGUAUGUCCCUGUGCCUAAAGACCUGUUUGGAUCAGAAAUGAAGUACGAUCAGAUCUCCAGUUUGCCUGUCUAACUAACUGUAGAUUAAAUGUUGAUUUUCUACUGUG